AUGAUUACCUCUGAAGCCCCCGUGGCAAAGCUACCCAAGGAUUUCAUAUGGGGCUUCGCCACAGCGUCGUUCCAAGUUGAAGGUUCUCUCGACGUCGAUGGCCGCGGUAAAUCCUUCUGGGACGACUUCUCUCACAUUCCUGGAAAGACUCUCGACGGAGGCAACGGAGACGUUGCUACCGACUCUUACCGGCUAUACAAGGAAGACAUAGCGCUCCUCAAGUCCUACGGUGUCAAGUCUUACAGAUUCAGCAUUGCGUGGUCAAGAAUCAUUCCGCUGGGCGGAAGGAAUGACCCGAUCAAUCAGAAAGGUAUCGAAUGGUACAGCAAUUUUAUUGACGAGUUGUUGAAGAAUGGGAUCCAGCCAUUUGUGACGCUCUACCACUGGGACUUGCCACAGGGCCUGCACGACAGGUACGGCGGCUGGCUGAACAAGGAAAUCGUUCUCGACUACCAGCACUAUGCUCGCGUCUGUUUCCAAGCUUUCGGCGACCGCGUCAAGAACUGGCUCACGAUGAACGAACCCUGGUGCAUUUCCAUCCUCGGCUACGGACGCGGCGUCUUUGCACCAGGCAGGUCUUCCGACCGCAACAGGUCGCCCGAAGGUGACAGCUCUACGGAGCCUUGGAUCGUCGGCCACCACGUUAUCCUCUCGCACGCUUAUGCCGUGAAGAUCUAUCGUGAGGAGUUCAAGGUAGCGCAAGGUGGCCAGAUUGGAGUUACGCUGAAUGGGGAUUGGGCUGUGCCUUAUGACGAUAAACCUGAGAAUAUCGAGGCGGCUCAACACGCGUUGGAUGUUGCUAUCGGUGAGCUGGACCCAAUUUACCUCGGCCACUACCCUCCCUACAUGCGUACCAUGCUCGGCGACCGUCUCCCUACGUUCUCCGACGAAGAACUCGCCGUCGUGAAAGGCUCGAGUGAUUUCUACGGGAUGAACACGUACACCACUAACCUUUGCAAGGCGGGUGGGGACGACGAGUUCCAAGGUUGCGUGGAGUAUACGUUCACCAGGCCCGAUGGGACGCAGCUCGGAACGCAGGCGCAUUGUGCUUGGUUGCAGACUUAUCCGCAGGGAUUCAGAGACUUGAUGAACUAUCUGUGGAAGAGGUACCAGAAACCGAUCUACGUGACCGAAAACGGUUUCGCAGUCAAGGAUGAGCACAACAUGACCAUCGAUCAAGCCCUCCAAGACUACGACCGCGUCGAAUAUUUCAGGGGUAUGACCGCUGCUAUCUACGGCGCGAUAUUGGAGGACGAGGUGCCUGUUAGGGCUUAUUUCCCGUGGAGUCUGUUGGACAACUUUGAGUGGGCGGACGGCUACGAAACGCGUUUUGGGGUGACUUAUGUGGAUUAUGCGACACAGAAGAGGUACCCUAAGGAAUCGGCCAAGUUCCUCGUCAAGUUUUUCGCCGAGAACAUCGAAUCCUCCGAACCGAAGCUCCCACCCGUCGGGCAAGUUAUCGAGAACAACAAGCUCGCGCACGGACAGGGCUUUGGCGGUGGCGUUUCGGCGCUCGUGGAGAGCGUGUCUGCAUGACUCGUACGGCUGGUCAAAGGUAAGAAUGGGAAGGGGGCGAAGGAGGUGAAGACGGGUGGGAGGAAGGUGCGUGUGGUGGGUUAGGUGACAAGGCCUUUGACCAGCCUGGAUAUGUGCCGCUGUGAUAUCCCUGAUGGGAGCAGCUUGACGCACAUGAGACUUCGAGUUUAGAGACGUGGACUGUGUUGCGUGGCUGUGAACUGUG